CCUGCAACUGCGAUCCCUCCGGCAGUUUGCCUUUCUCCAUCUGUGAUCCUGCCACCGGAGAGUGCCUCUGCCAGCGGUUUGCCACAGGGCGACGCUGUGAAAAAUGCCUCGUAGGAUACUGGGGUCUUGGCAACAGCUUGUAUGGCUGUUCUCCGUGUGACUGUGACAUUGGUGGAUCCCAGAAUAACUUGUGCUCACCGAAGGACGGUCAGUGCAAGUGUCUUCCCAACAUCGUGAGCCGCCAGUGUAAUGAGCCAGCCCCAGGCUACUUCUUUUUACCCCUGGAUUAUUAUAUUUAUGAAGCUGAGCAUGCAAAGCCCCUUUCUGGCUCUGCACCCUUGGGUGCAGUGCAGUUUGGACAGGACUCGGCUGUGUCAGUGGUUUUCAGGCAGCCCAGCGCCAGCCGGUCUGUCACAUGGACGGGACCUGGCUUUGCCCGUGUUCCCAGCGGAGCUGGGCUGAGAUUUGCCAUCAACAACAUUCCCUUUGCUAUGGACUUUGAUAUCACGAUUCGUUAUGAGCCCGAGUCCUUGGAAGACUGGCUAGCAAGUGUUGCCAUCCAGCCCACUGGUAUUUUGUCAAGUCAACGCUGCAAAAACAAGGGCCUUUCACAGGAGCCAUAUGCAUUGCCUCUCCCAGCUACAAAGAGGAUUGCAUUUCUGCAAACUGCACUCUGCCUGGAGCCGGGAACAGAAUAUUCUGUGGAUGUGUAUUUUUCUCAGCCCUCUGCCUCUGACCCAAAGGUGAAAUCGUUCAUCUUGAUUGACUCACUUGGACUUAUUCCCAGAAUUGGCUCCAUGGAGAACUUAUGCAGUGAAAAGGAUUUAGAUGAGUACCAGAAGUAUCACUGUAUUGAAAUUGCAUCAGAAGUUGGACCUCAUGUCCUGCCCGAAGUGUGCGCACGGCUCAUAGUGAGCAUGUCAGCCCGUAUUCACAACGGCGCUAUCGCGUGUAAGUGCAAUCCCCAAGGGUCGCUGAAUGCCAGCUGCAGUAAACUGGGGGGCCAGUGUCAGUGCAAAGCCAACGUCGUGGGACGCUGCUGCGACACCUGCUCUGCAGGCAGCUACGGCUUCGGCUUCCACGGCUGCUAUGCAUGCGAGUGCCACCCACAAGGCUCACUGAGCACGCUGUGUGACCAGGUGACGGGCCAGUGCUCCUGCCGCCGGGAGGUGGAUGGUCAGCGCUGCAGCCGAUGUCUGGCUGGGUAUUUUGGAUUCCCCCACUGCCGUCCUUGCCCAUGUAAUGGCUACACAGAACUUUGCGACCCAGUGACCGGAGUGUGCCUGAACUGCCGUGGGUUUACAGCUGGAAGCCACUGUGAAAGGUGCGUGGACGGCUAUUAUGGAAACCCUCUGACUGGAGAACCCUGCCGCCCAUGCAUGUGCCCAGGGGCACCUACAAGCAAUAGGUAUUUUGCACGUUCCUGCUACCAGGACUCCCAGUCUGCACAAGUAGUCUGCAAUUGUCUUGAGGGAUAUUCAGGCAAUCGGUGUGACGAGUGUCCUAGUGGGUUCUACAAAAACCCAGGCAGCCCUGGGCUUGACUGUGCGCCAUGUCCCUGCAAUAACAACAUCGAUGUGACAGACCCAGAGUCCUGUAACAGGGUCACCGGGGAAUGCACCAAGUGUUUACACAACACCCAUGGAGCAAACUGCCAGUUCUGCAAACCAGGGUAUUUUGGCUCAGCCCUUGAUCAAAACUGUCGAAGGUGCACGUGCAAUCCGGUGGGUGUUCACCCUGCCGUGUGCCCAGGGGGGGAUGCAGCCUGUCUGUGUGACCCAGCCACGGGAGCUUGCCCUUGCCUGCCCAACGUGGUGGGCGCGACAUGCGACCAGUGUGCCUCUGGCUACUGGGACCUGGCUAGUGGAAAAGGAUGUCAGAUCUGUGACUGUGAUCCAAAAAACUCCCAAAGCGACCAGUGCAACCAGCUUACAGGCCAGUGUCGAUGUAAACUAGGUUACACCGGAAGAUGUUGUGAUAAAUGUGAGGAAAAUUACUUUGGCAAUCCCCAGACGCAUUGCAUUUCGUGCGAGUGUAACCCAGAGGGAACCAGCCAGCCCAAGUGUGACAAAGCCACCGGCAUGUGUAACUGCCGUGCUGGCGUCACCGGCCGGUUCUGCGACCAGUGCGGCCGAGGCUUUGAGAAAGACUUUCCCUCUUGCCAUCAGUGUCAUCUUUGUUUUGAUCAGUGGGACAUGGAAAUUACCGCCCUCGCUCAGACUGUUCAGGGGUUAAUGAGGUUUGCUGCAAAUCUUGAAGAUAAAGGAGGGCGAAUGCCCAGCUGUGACAUGCGCUUCAAAGCCUUUGAAGAUGCCAUUUCUGAAAUUGAAAGAAUUUUGAGACAUCCUGUUCUUUCACUGGAGGCCCUCUCAGGCAUCAAGGAUUUUCAGGGCUACGUUCGACAGAAAGCUGCACAAAUGGAUCCCCUUCACAGUACGCUGUAUGAGUUUCCUGACCUUAACAAGAACAUGGAAGACAUCGGGGAAGAAGCUGACCUAGUGUAUGAACUUCUACAACAGAAAAUACAUCUGCAUCAAAGUUUUCAUUACUUGAACCUCAAAGAGGCCAUCAGCAACAUUAGGAAACACUUUGAAGUAUCAUUGCUGGCAGAACAGAAAACCAGUGGGACAACCCCUACUGUAAGAUACUCAGAGUACACCAGGAACCACGUGCUCGCUGUGUUGAGCCAUCAGGUCUUCAAAGCAAGCAAUGUGCUGGAACAGCUCAAGAUGAUCAAGAGCCCCAACAUCCAAAACUUGAAUGAAAAGAUCUGUGGUGUGCCAGGAGACCAGCCCUGUGUCACAGCAGCCUGCGGGGGAGCUUUGUGCCGGGACAGUUGUGGGCUCAGGCAGUGCGGUGGUCCAAACUGCAGCGGAGCUCUUCCUCUCUCCACUGAUGCCUUCAGGAAAGCUGAGGAGACUGCUGUGUUGCUAAAUAACUUGACUAUUCAGCUACGGGAACCUGAGAAUCAGGUUGAAAGCAUUAGAAAAAUGGCAGAAGACAGCAAGUUGAAAGGCUCGCAAUUUAAUGGGCAGCUGGAGACAGCUAAGAAUGACAUUGAAGUUGACCAGGAGAUCAUGAAGGAGUUAAUCCAAAAAGUGAAAGACUUCUUGUUAGAUGAGAGUGCGCCUCCAGAAGAUAUUGAGAAAGUGGCAAAUUAUGUUCUGCAAAUAAACCUUCCCCUGACUCCACGAGAGCUCACAGGCAUGCUUGGCAAAAUCAGGAGCAUUAUGAACCCCUGUGAGAAGUACAAACUGCAUGUGAGUAAGAGAAACAGAAAAAGGGAGGAAGCUCGGACGCUGCUGGUGGAGGCACAAGGAGCCGACAAAGCAGCUAAAGCUCUUCUGCCUGUGGAUGAAAUUAAUAGUAAACUAAAAAACGUUGUGAGGUCCCAAGGACACUCCAAAAACACCUUCAUGAAGUUAAAUGAAGAGAUACGAGGCAUCAAAACACAAAUCUCACAGGCUAAGAACCAAGUGAACAAGACAAACGAUGAACUAAAUGACUUGUCAGCAAAACAGUCUGAGAUGGAAGAUGAAAUUGCCACAUUGCAGGCAAAAAUGCUGAUGAACAAGAAUCAAGCUACAAAGGCAAGAGCAGGGGCAGAAGCAGCACACAAGCAAGCCCAGAAUAUUGAUAACGAGUUUGCUGACAUUAAAAGAAAGUACACCAUUCUUCAAGAAAAGCUAAAAGCCCAAGGACCUCCAAAAGUAAUGCUAGAAAAAGUGAAGCAGCUGAAAGAAGAAGCAGAAAAACUGGCUGAAGAGACUGAAAAAAAAAUUAAAAGAAUAACAGAUUUGGAGAAGAAGCUUCAGGACCUGAAUCAAACUAAACAAGACAAGGCAGAGCAACUGAGACAACUAGAGGAACAAGUGAUAGCCAUUAAAAAUGAAAUCACGGAGCAAGAAAGCAAGUAUGCAACAUGCAAAAGUUAG